AUGGAUCAUAUUAGUAAUGAAGCUAGGGUUGACCGUUUUCCAAUUGGUCCAUCAGACAUUCUUGGCAAAACAAUAGCUUUCAGGGUUCUAUUCUGCAAAUCCAUGUCCCAUUUAAUGCAUCAGUUUUUUCAACUACUGUUACAAUUCUUGUAUAGGUUUAAAGGGUUAUUGAAAUUGAGACCCUUUUUGUCAUGGUUCCAUCCGAGGAACCCACAAGGGAUAUUAGCAAUGAUGACCAUAGUUGCUAUAUUGUUGAAGCGUUACACAAAUGUGAAGGUGAGAGCUGAAAUGGCUUAUAGGAGAAAGUUUUGGAGGAAUAUGAUGAGGGGUGCUUUGACUUAUGAUGAAUGGGCUCAUGGAGCUAAGAUGCUUGAUAAAUUGACACCAAAGAUGAAUGAGGCUGAUCUUUAUGAUGUUGAGUUGGUUGGGAAUAAGCUUCAGGAGCUUCGGCAUAGGCGGCACGAGGGGUCGAUCAGGGAUAUUAUGUUUUGUAUGCGGGCGGAUCUUGUUAGGAAUUUAGGGAAUAUGUGUAACCCGGAGUUGCAUAAGGGCAGGCUUCAAGUUCCUAGGUUGAUCAAGGAGUAUCUUGAUGAGGUGACUACGCAGUUGAGAAUGGUUUGUGAUUCGGAUUCGGAGGAGUUGUCGUUGGAGGAAAAGGUUGCUUUUAUGCAUGAAACUAGACAUGCUUUUGGGAGGACGGCUUUGUUGUUAAGUGGUGGUGCUUCUCUUGGAGCUUUUCAUGUUGGGGUGGUUAAGACAUUGGUGAAACAUAAACUCUUACCUAGGAUUGUUGCUGGUUCGAGUGUUGGAUCGAUUAUGUGUGCUAUUGCUGCUACUAGAUCGUGGCCGGAGCUUCAGAGUUUUUUCGAGGAUUCGUUGCAUUCGCUGCAGUUUUUCGAUCAAAUGGGUGGGAUUUUCGCGGUUGUCAAGAGGGUUGCAACGCGCGGGGCUGUUCAUGAGAUUAGGCAGUUGCAAAUGCUGUUGAGGCAUUUAACAAACAACCUUACAUUUCAAGAAGCGUAUGAUAUGACAGCUCAAGAAUUGAUGGCGAAGAAUAGGAGUGGAGAUAUUGUUCCUUAUCAUCCUCCUUUUAAUCUAGGUCCCGAAGAAGGCUCCACACCAUCACGCCGGUGGAGGGAUGGUAGCUUAGAGAUUGAUUUACCUAUGAUGCAGUUGAAAGAGCUAUUCAAUGUCAAUCAUUUCAUAGUCAGUCAAGCCAACCCACACAUUGCACCAUUGUUGAGAUUGAAAGAGGUUGUAAGAACUUAUGGAGGCAAUUUUGCUGCCAAGCUUGCUCAUCUUGUGGUGAUGGAGGUGAAACACAGGUGUAAUCAAGUACUGGAACUUGGCUUUCCGUUAGGUGGACUUGCCAAACUUUUUGCUCAAGAAUGGGAAGGUGAUGUCACUAUUGUCAUGCCCGCUACCCUUGCUCAGUACUCAAAAAUUAUACAGAACCCUUCUUACGGAGAGCUUCAAAAAGCAGCCAACCAAGGGAGAAGAUGUAGCUGGGAGAAGCUUUCAGCCAUAAAAGCAAAUUGUGAAAUUGAGCUUGCUCUUGAUGAAUCUGUGGCAAUUCUCAAUCACAUGAGAAAACUAAAAAGAAUUGCCGAGAGAACUUCUGCUUCAGCGUCUCAUGGUUUGUCAAGUACUGUCAGAUUCAGUGGUUCAAGAAGAAUUCCUUCAUGGAAUUGCAUGGCACGGGAGAAUUCGACAGGUUCUCUUGAAGACCUUACAGAUGUUGCUUCCUCGUUGCAUCAAGGCAUUGGUAGUGACUCUGAAAAUAUUGAUUCGAUUUCUUGGACCAGAUCUGGUGGCCCUUUGAUGAGAACCGCUUCGGCAAAUAUGUUUGUUGACUUUCUCCAAAACUUAGAGGGUGUUGUUGAUACUGAACUAAAUAGAGGCACGGUGGCUCAUUCCAGUCCUCUUGAUUUUCAGUAUCAUAAUUUCAGACUCACAGGACCAGAUAGGAACUCGGAAUCCGAGCAGAAGGUAAUCGACAACAGGGUUGUUAACGGAUCUAGCUUACUGAUAACCGAAGGUGAUAUUUUGCAGACUGAAAAGAUUCAUAAUGGGAUUGUGUUAAAUGUUGUCAAGAAAGAAGCCUUAGCACCUUCAAAUAGGUGUCAUGAUUUUGGAAAUUGCAACAAUGAAGUUGUUGAAUGUGACCAAAUUGAUUGUUCAGGGAAGGAAAUGGAUACUGGUAGCUCUGAUUCUGACUAUGAAAAUGAUAAACCCACACCAGCUUUGAGCAUGGAUCAAAACAAUGUAGAUAGUUAG